AUGGCUGUCAUUCUACGGUCGGUACUAUUCUCCCCGGCUGGUCGGUCGACCCUUCGCCAACACCGUACUCCUCGUCGCGCGGCCUACCUCGCGCGAAUCUUCUCGCGGAGGAAGGACCGACACAGACCGGGCCGUUCGCGCGGAGAGUCGCGUGAAGGGUGGACAAAGAGUAGGGGAAUCACGGCGAGAGAGCGCGUAAGAGCGGAGGCACGAGACGACGACGACGACGACAACGACAGCGACAACGACAACGACAGCGACGACGGCGACGACGAAGAGAGGAAAAAGGAGAGAAGAGAAAACGAGUUUGAAAACUGGCAUCGCCGGUCGAUCGCCGCCGCACCAGGUCGCAGCGUAAGCCUGAGACUGAUGUCGCGAUCGACGAUGACUGUACGAGCGUGUGAAGUAACGAAAUGGCGAGGAUGAGCAGCCCUUGCUCCCCGAGCGUCGGUAUCGAGUCGGUCCCUCGCAGGAAGAACGCGAUAACCCGAGGAGGGAGGAAGCAUAAACGAGGGCUGCCAGAUGCACUGAGGAUCCUUCGGCAAGAAGCAGAAGUCGGCGGGCAGAAAGAGGCGUCAUUAUAAGAUCGACGAGCAACAACGAAACAUAAAAGACGAUGGACGAGAUACGCGGCUCGUCAUCAGGUCGCCGUCUCUCGCAAAUUCUCGAUCCGAUCACGCGGCUCGCCAGCGAUUUCGGCUCCAACUCGGCGCCGUGCAG